AUGAACGCCCGACGUUCAUUUCGAAAAAAGCUCAAGAAGGAGGACAUCUCGACGCCGGCAAAUUUUGAACAUCGGAUCCACGCCGGAUACAACCAAAAGACUGGCCAAUAUACGGGUUUGCCAAAGCAAUGGGAAGCUUUGCUUGGGCGCACGCGGCCUUUGGCGAACCGGCCCCGGCCGCUUGUCGACCCGUCUCAAUACACCCAGUCGCAAGUUUCUUCAUUGAAAACCGUCGUUCGGGGCGAUCUCGUUGUCCAGACGCCAGCUUUUCAAAAUGGACAUAUGCAAUCAUUUGAACGAUCGUCUAUCCGUAGCAGUGGAGUGAUCUCGCCUUAUGGCCCUCGUUCUCCAGCGGACCCUUCGAAACGCUACCCUUUCGAUGAGCCCGGUUAUGUGUCGUUCCCUUUCCAACAGAAAAACACGCAGAAUGCGCAAAUACACUUGGCUGAGAAUGGCAAUCUGCACUCGAUGUUGGGACAGUCAGCCUCGGGCUCCGUGACAUCCUCCUCAAUGUCGAGCACUUCUGGCAUGGAGCAGAACGCGAAUAGGGCUGGGCACAAUCCGAGCAACCUCACACACGAUCAGUUCCGAACAGCCCUCUCAUCAGUUGUGACACCGAAUAUCUCGCCCGCGCAAUUAUGCGAAAUGACACGAUUUGCGGAGGGGAGCACGGGAUUUGUCGACACGGCGAUCUUGCGCUCGAAUCGUCAAAAAGUUGCCGUGAAGAAGAUGGAUUUGCGCAAGCAGGCGCGACGUGAACUCCUUUUCAACGAAGUUUGUAUUAUGCGUGACUAUCGGCAUCCCAACAUCGUCGAAAUGCUCAGCUCGUUCCUGGUAGGAGAUGAGCUGUGGGUUAUCAUGGAAUUUAUGGAAGGCGGUUCGCUGACAGAUAUCGUCACCACUUGCAGGAUGUUCGAGCCUCAAAUCGCAUGUGUGGCGCAGCAGUGCCUACGCGGACUCGCAUUUCUGCACAUCAAUGGUAUCAUUCAUCGGGAUAUCAAAUCGGACUCGAUUCUGCUGAAACGAAACGGAGUCGUUAAAUUGAGUGAUUUCGGAUUUUGCGGUCGCCUCUCAAAAGACAUUCCGAGGCGACGAAGUCUGGUUGGGACGCCAUAUUGGACGGGCCCCGAGGUGAUAGCGCGUCAGCCGUAUGAUGCCUCGGCGGACGUCUGGUCGUUCGGCAUUUUAACAAUCGAGAUGGUGGAGGGGGAACCGCCUCUUUUCAACGAAGACCCGAUGACGGCGCUGCGCUUGAUCCGUGACAAUCCCCCGCCACGCCUAAACCCGGCAGCACAGAGCACGCCGGUGCUGCAUGAUUUUGUCUCGAGAUGUCUUCUUCGAGAAGCCCACUUACGGUGGAAAUGCGAACAGCUACUCGGACACCCGUUUAUCCAGGGCGCGGCUCCGGCGGAAACCCUCUGUCCAUUGAUCCAGAGCGGUCAACAAAAACAU